CCAGCUUCACUCUCAUCAAAAUUGCCGACACUUUUUUCUGGACAAAUUAUUAUUCUGAGUGACGAUGAAGAUGAUGUUGUACGCUCAAUCAAAGAAGAGUGUAAACAAUCUUCCAAUAUCAAGGAUUAUGAAGACUCUAUAGCCAUGAAGGAUGUGCAACCUUCUGGACAAAACAAUUCAAAUGAAGAGCCUCCAAAUCAGAUUGGCAUACAUAAAACAAAUAAUGCCACCCCAGAUAUACCUAACAACGCUGCCGUUCAUGAACCUAUAUUACCAGAAGUGAAGCGAGAAUUCGUACGCUCAUGUACGGAGAAUGUAGUUGAAAUCUUUGGAGGAACUGAUGAUGUCAUUCUUGAGAGUGUCAAAGAAAUAAAUCCUUUGCUAUAUUCAAGACUUAAUGGUAAGAAAACGAAUAAAAUGCUUUACGAUGGAGAUAGUAUUGACUUGCUAAGUGAUAAUGAGGAUGACGAUCCUAAUAUUGCGCACAAUGUAGAAACGUUCGGUGAACUAUUGCCGGCAGCAGAAUACAACAAACAUUCUGAAAAGGACGAUCAAACAAAAAAUUUAGCUGUGGAAAAUGAGCUAAUGCAAAACGCUAGUUUAAAAAAAAGUCCUAAUGUUUUUGAUAAUUCACUUAACAGCUCUAAUGACGAUGAGCAAAGGAAUUGUAUCAUUGAGCACGCAGAUAUUCCGGAAGAUAAUCGUAACCUUGAGCCUUCAACGGUAAAUUCUGCAAAAGCUCCAGAUGAAUUGGCUGAGUUCGUCGAUAUGGAUGAUGAUAUGUUGUUUUCACAAAUUUUAUUAAACGACAUUAAGUCCGAAAUGAUGGCUGAUAAUAAUGAAGCUGAGUUUGCUGAUGAAGACCACCCCUAUGAUGUGAUUAGAAAACGAAGUCAAGAAAACCUAAUAGACACCCAUAUUAAAAAAGAGAUAGUUGAUAACGAACAGACGAACUCAGCUGCGAUUCCUGUAGAACAAAAACUAAAAGGUCCUGAGAUAGGAAAUGAUGUAUGGAUUACAAUAGAAGAUGACGAUGAAUAUUAUGAUGAAGAGUUCGAGCAUAAGGUAUCUGACUGGAGCUCUAAAUUGCUAUCACAAUCGAUGAAUAUGUCACAGGUCUUCGAAUUUCAAAAUGAUAAAGCAGAAAAUUUAGAUGAUAACGACGAAAAUGCCGAAGGCAAAGAGGAUCAGGGUUUAGAUUGUGCCAGCGAAGAUAUUGAUGAUUUUUUCAACGAGGCUCUUGUGGAUGACGUAAUUGCGACAUUAGCUCAAAAAACUGGCCAAACUAAAAGCGAUUCAAAGUCGCCACCAUUAGAGCAGGAAAUGUCAAAAGACAGUUGCGAAUACGAUAGAAGUAAAGAGCUUGUACACCAAAGAGAUAAAAUUAAAUCAAUUGAGGACUACAAGGAAGCACCAGUGGAGAUAAAGACAACUCGUGAAUUAAACGAUGAACCUGAAGAUCUAAAAGCGUCCACUAGUAGUAAGCCAACGGUCGCUGAUAGCAAAAAAACUGAUACUUCUAAAGAAAAGAUAAAGGUGAGUAAAAAGGAGGUGAUCAAACCAGUAAAACGCUUGCAUCACCCACCAUCUGUAAUCGAUGCCCCAAAUUUACCUAAGCAUAAGGGAAAACACAGAGGAGUUUCUGCAGAAUCGCGUUCGAUUGCAUCAUCCACAAAAGAGGUUCGCACAAAAGCCGCAGCCUUCAGUGGUCAACUGAAAGAAGAACGUUAUAUGGAUGAACUAAAAAGGAAGUGGCUUGGGAAGCCAGUAGAUGAGAGACGUAGGGAGAUCGAGAAAAAACGUCUGAUUAGGGAGUCUCGCAAAGAGCGCUUAAAAGAACUUGCUGACAAGCAAUCAGCAGACACUUCAAAAGAAUUGCUAAAACGCAAACAUGCAUCUGAGACUGAAGUUGUUGAAAAGAAAAAAGCCAAGGUUAAAAUCACUACAAUGAAUCGAGGUGCUCUUCUAGCUGAGGAUAUCGAAGCCAGUAAGAAGAAUGUUGAACUGUACAGAAUACCUAAAAUAAAGAGAUGUUCAUCAGAAACGACAAAGCCACACAAAGAGAGCUCAAUAAGUGCUACUGUAACAACGCCUAAAUCUAAUCGACCCAAAGCUGUGGAUGCAUUUGCUCAGGAGAUGAGCAAAUUAGAUAAAAUUAUUUCCCGUCGUAUAUCUAGUAGUAGUAACAGGAAAACAUCGAGAUCGUCCUCGACCGAAGAAAACAGAAAUGGAAGUCUACCAACAGAAGCGAAGCCUUGUAAUGCACCUGCGCGUAAAACUAACAAAAUUACAUUUGCUUCUAUGCAAAAAAAUUUUUCCGAAACAAAAAAAAAUCAAGAGUUAUUGCAAAGAUUUGCUAGUCACCGUUCCUGCCUAACAAAUGUGAUACGACGCGAUGCCGACAAGGAACGACUGAAGAAACGUGUGCGCUUUAAUGAGACACCAAUUGUAUACUACAUCGAACGCGUAAGCGGCGCCAAUAAGCGAGUUGAUCGAAAAGAUAUAUUGCCUAGUCCAACUUGUCAAGAUCGUGCGCAUAUGGUGCGUAUGGCGUACGCUAUGGUUGAUAAGACUGCACAAAUAAUAUCUCAAAUAUUGGGCUGGAGCAAUGAAUGGCUCGUAAAUCGUAAUGCGCAAGUAGACGCUGCAAGUGAUAUUUUAUUGCCGAUGCCAAAUCAAUUUACUACGUUUAAUCAUUAUAAGAGCAUAAUUAUACCGUUAAUGAAAUUAGAGUUUAUGAGUGUACUUGAGCGUGAAAAAAGUCGAUGUAAAAGUAAGACGUUUAUUGUCUCCGCCGAGCAAGUAACUCCAUAUUUGGAUCGUUUCAUAAUAAUAGGGCGCUGUGCCGGCACAAACAGCUCUGAAUCCAAAAGUGAACUCGUAAUUUUGGAAUGGGGAAAGUUUACAACAUUCGCCUAUUUGUCUUCAAAGCGAUUUGGGUUUAAUUACACUACCAUUGUGUAUGAAGUGCUUGCAAAGGAUUUGUCUUUAGAAGAGCUGCGUGCCAACUCCAAUAAUCCAAUUAAAGUCCGUCCAAUGAUAGAUGUUGUACGAGUAGAAUUUGGCGCCUUUAAUGCGGUAUACCAAUUGGAGCAAUCCCCACUGCUCGCGCAGAUACUCGACCCAAUGCAGUUAUGCAAACGCAAACCGUUUACGCAAUGCAACAUUCAAUAUAACGGCUGUGAUGAUUUAAAUGCUCGUCAAAAGGAGGUAUUGAUCCGUACAUAUAGGCGAGCUAUCGAGCCGACGCCAAACAUAACAUUAAUUCAAGGCCCGCCUGGUACGGGUAAAUCUUGUGUGAUUGCAAAUUUGGUACACCAGUUGUUAUAUGGGAACGAGAUUCGCAUUCUCGAUCAGAAAGUAUUAAUAUGUGCACAAAGCAAUGCAGCCGUUGACGUUAUAGCUGAAAAAUUGUUUAAUAUGAGUCAAAAAAAGUUGCCAGAUGUGCAGUUUCGAUUGAUUCGUUUUGGCUUGAUGGAACGCAUCAGCCCCAAGGUUCGACAUGCAACUUUACCAAAGAUCAUUGAACGUAAUCAGAUAAGGAAACUUAAAAUGGCAUGCACAAAUCUUCAAAUUGAUGAUAAAAUCGACAUAAAGGAGUACUUACGGAAUGAAAUCAUUCAAAUCGAAGCUGAUAUCGAACAUAUGAAACAGAAAAAUGUGAAAGGAACGGCGCAAGAAGAAGAGUUGAUUGCAAAAGUACGACAAGUCCAAUUAAUGCGGAAUAUAGUGAACGGAGUUUUGCGGCCAGAAGAUGAGCGUAGUCUGUACAAUUGGCACCUGAAAAAUGCUAAUGUCGUGUGCACGACGUUGUCUAGCUGCGUGAAAUUAUCACAAUAUGUGAAUUAUUUUGAUGUUUGUAUCAUUGAUGAGGCAACACAAUGUACAGAGCCAUGGACUCUAAUGCCUUUAAAAUUUGGCAUUAAUACAUUGGUGCUAGUGGGUGAUACGCAGCAACUUCCCGCAACGGUGCUAUCAAAGAAAGCUUCAGAUUUCGGUCUUGGAACUUCACUUUUCACACGUAUUCAGCGCUGUAUAGAAUCGGUCAACCUCAAAAAUGCAGCAAAUGGAUUAACCGAUGAAGAAAAAAUAUUCUUAUCAGAUAGCAAUGAUAUCAUUUUUAGCUUGCAAACACAAUACCGCAUGCAUCCUGAAAUUUGUAAAUGGCCAAAUUCGUACUUUUACAAAAACGAACUAAUCGACGAUCCCAAAACUCAUCAGUUCAAAACACCAUUGAAGCCAUUUUCAGUACUUAAUUUGACAUAUACGCAAGAUGAAAACUGUCAUCGCGGUCAAAUUGCUAACGAGCUAGAGGCUAAGUUUGUGGCACGGCUGGUUAAAACGUUGGACGGUUAUAUUCCUAUGAAAUACAACUCAUAUGGUGUGAUAACGCCCUAUGCACAGCAGCGAGGGGCCUUAGAAAAGGCGUUGCGGUGA